AUGAAAUGUCUGGAUAAGAAAAGGAUUAAGAUGAAGCAAGGUGAAACACUUGCGUUAAACGAGCGCAUCAUGCUUAGCCUUGUUAGCACCGGACAGGAUUGUCCAUUUAUUGUUUGUAUGACUUAUGCAUUCCAGUCGCCUGAUAAGCUGUGCUUUAUCCUUGAUCUGAUGAACGGCGGCGACCUGCACUAUCACCUCAGUCAGCACGGUGUCUUCUCCGAAAGCGAAAUGAUUUUUUAUGCUGCCGAAGUGAUACUUGGGCUAGAGCACAUGCAUAAUCGCUCUGUGGUUUAUCGGGACUUGAAGCCAGCCAACAUCCUGCUUGACGAAAACGGGCAUGCUCGCGUCUCGGAUCUUGGGCUUGCCUGUGAUUUUUCCAAGAAGAAACCGCAUGCCAGCGUAGGAACUCACGGAUAUAUGGCUCCAGAAGUGCUUGCAAAAGGUGUUGCUUACGAUUCGUCAGCAGAUUGGUUUUCAUUCGGCUGUAUGCUUUAUAAACUACUCAAAGGACAUAGUCCCUUUCGGCAGCAUAAGGCCAAGCCCAGCAAUAAGGUAAAUAUCUAUUCACCGCGUAAAACAGGAACAAGUGAGAAAGACAAGAACGAGAUCGACAAAAUGACAAUGACUCAGGAUAUUGAGCUUCCC